AUGUGGCACGGCUUGCUGCUGCCUGCUCUUGCGGGGCUCACUCUUGCUGGUGUUCCUGACCAAGACCCCAAUGACACCAACUUGGACGGAUGCUAUCCCGUGGCGCCCAGCAACGGCGGCGGUGAGCUGAAGGUUCUCAGGACCGCACAGACUCCUAAUGGCUUCCACCGUGCUGCACGAGGCUGGAACAGCUGGGGCAUUGAGGCCAAUCCGGCAACGACGCCUAGCUAUAAGGGAUUCAACCAGGAGUUCACGAUGUCACAGUGCAGCGUUCUGGCUGAACGCCCAUUCGUCGAGGCCGGAUACAACUUAUGCAGCCUAGAUGCCGGCUGGAGCGUCGCUGACACGGACGAUUUUGGCCGUAUCACCUACAACCACAGUGCAUUUGACCUCCCGAAGCUUGGCCGCUUCCUGCACAGCAAAGGGCUGCAAAUGGGCAUCUACGUUAUCCCUGGCGCGCCAUGCACCUCUAUCAAUAAGACGGUCAUGGGAACAAAUCUUACCUUGGGCGACAUUAUGAACGAGAACAACGACGGAGUGCCGCCAAACCCGUAUUGCGAUUUCGAUUAUUCAAACCCGGCCACGCAAAUAUGGCAUGACUCUUUGUUGGACCUAUGGGCUUCCUGGGGUGUAGAUAUGAUCAAGUUGGAUUUUAUAACACCCGGAUCUAUCCAGAACGGUGCCACUUUGCCCGCGAACAAUAGCGGUGCCGCUGUGGCAUUCCAUCGGGCCAUCCAGAACAGUGGCCGCAAGAUACGUCUGGACCUGUCUUGGAAGCUCUGUCGAAACGACACAUACUAUGAUAUCUGGAGGUCAACCGCAGAGACACUACGAACAGACCAGGACAUCAACUUUUCCGGCACCGACACGCUGCUCCAGUGGUGGCCGGUGCAACGCGAAAUUGAGAACUAUCGGCAGUAUAUCUCGUUACAAGUUGACAAGGAUCAACCGCUGACAAUGUACCCGGACAUGGAUAACUUGUACAUUGGCAACGAUCCUCAGAUCUCCGGAGUCUCGAAUGAGCAGCGUAUUACCGUCAUGAGCCACUGGAUUGGCGCGGCCGCUAACCUCAUUACGGGUGCCGACAUGACAAACCUGGAUGAUCUGGGACGUAAGCUUUUCACAUCUCGCGAGUCGAUCGAGGCAUCCGAUUUCUGUAGUCGCCACCCGAUGCAGCCCCGAAAUCCGGGAACUGGGGAUAACCUGGCCAAACAGCUCCAGGGCUGGAUUGCAGGCCCAGAUGAGUUUGGGCGUGCGUAUGCGCUGCUAACCAACCUUGGACCGAACCUUGCAGGUGCUGCUGGAUACAACAGUAUGCUGAACGGAACACAAAAGGUUUCGCUUUCGUUGAAGGACUUGGGAUUAAAAGGGGCAUGUUACAGGGCAUCUGACGUUUGGUUUGGGCACCAGAGAACCGUGGUGCGCGGCUACGGUCUUGCGGCAGAUCUAGACGAAGGAGAGAGCCAGUUUCUGAGGUUGGAUCCGUGUUUUCCGUGGCUGUCAUCGUGA